GAUAACACUCCACCUCCGUUGAAGAAUUCACUGGUAAUAGAUCGUCUUUCGGCUGUACAAAUAUUGCCGGCCCAUGAUGCGCUCUCAAAGGAGGCAGCAGAUUUAGAAUCACAAAUCAGGCAAAUACAGGACUCCCUGGACACUUUACAAAGGAUACAAGUGCGAUCUCUGGAGUCAGCGCUAUACAACAAAGCCAACGAAUUGCAGGAAGAUAUUUCCAUGAAAAGGUUCGACUUACGAGUGGCCCAAAUGCAUCUCAGUGCCAUCAAUGCUCAGAAAGAGCUUUUCUCUCAUAAACUCGAAGCGUCAGAUACGUGUCGCGAAAGGAAAAUGUCCUCGUCAUCGACGGGCAGCAUGAAGACAAAGUGGUUGAAAGCUUUUAAAAGCUUGAAAACCCCACCGCCCAUUAAAGAUGCUGAAAAAAAAAAUCAAAUGUACCACGCUGUAUCAACGGUAAUAGCGAUGAG